UGCAAGUAUACUGCAAAUCAAUUGAACUGCUUGAAAGUUUCUGAAUAUUCCUUGUUCUCAACUUUGUUCCAGACUCCUAUGUUAUAUUUGAACAUGACUCAUCGACAGGUGUAGGCCAAUGGAAGAGUGGAACAAAACAGUUGGAUAACUUCAAUGGGAAAUCGAAAAAAAUGUUUGAAACACUACGGUAUGAUGAGAGCAAUUAUAAUCCGAAGAUGAUGUACCACCUGGAUGUGUCCAGGUCUCAGCACGCAGAAAGAACAUUGCUAAUGGGUUCCAAGUGGACGAAAAUAUAUGGAAAUUCUCGGACCAACUUGAUAUGUGUUGAAGAGGAAGAGCUAGCUAGAAGAGAGUUCUUGAAUAAUAAUACUCUAUAUCUCACAAAAGUAUCUGAACAAGGAAGUGGAAACAAUAAGAAUAAAUUCCAUGUUGACUUCAAUCUCUUGACGCUUAAAAUUUGGAACUGCACUGAUAAAGACAAUAGCAAACUGUCAUUAUAUGGAGUGAUGAAUACUUUCACAAUACAACAAUCAUAUGACUACCAUUAUAAUGACUACAACCGGGUUACACUGAAAGAAAUAAAAUUUUAUGAUGGAGUGACUGUCUUACAUGGCAAGGUUCCUGGACAAGGAGAUAUGGAAAAUUAUGAAUUUACAGAAUUCAAAUAUCUCGAUGUAGCUGAUAUGAGUUCGGUGAAGUUUGAAGGAAGCAUAGAGAUGGCUGCUGGCAGUGGGCUGGCUCAAGUGAGCACAACGUGA